GCUGAUUUGUAGUUUGAACACGUGGCUCAUUCAAGAAAAAAAAAAACAGAAUAGGAGCGGAUUUUUUCCUCCCCUUCUUCUUCUUCGUCGCUUCUUCUUCUUCUUCUUGGUUGCAGUCGACCCAGAGGCGGGUGCCUGCCUUCGCGGUUGUGUGACAUUGUCCGUCUCUUCGGGGGAAGACACAAAGUAGUUUCUCCUCCUUUUUCCCCUUCCCUAGCCGGCCCGUCGUCGUUUGGAAGAUUAAUAAUUAAGCGUUUAUUUAUUGCGCGGUGAAAGAGGCAGCGAGAGGCGAGGGAGCGCGAAGCUACUACGAGGCUGCCAGUUUAAAUCUAUCUGUCCACUCCGUAGUCUACUAACGGGGAAUUCUUUUCCUUUUUUGUUUGUUUUGGAGCUACUCCAACGCAUUCGGAACUAUUAGGUGUUUUUUUUUUUUUUCUUUUUUCUUUUUUUUUUUUUUUUUGCAUGUGUUGUUGUGAGUUGUGAAGAUGAAUAAGCUAUACAUUGGCAACGUGAGCGCCGAGGCCAGCGAGGAGGACUUCGAAACUAUCUUUGAGACGUGGAACAUUCCCCACAGUGGUCCCUUUUUGGUCAAAACUGGCUAUGCCUUCGUGGACUGCCCCGACGAGAAGACUGCAAUGAAGGCCAUCGAUGUUCUUUCAGGGAAAGUUGAACUCCAUGGCAAACUUCUCGAUGUGGAACACUCUGUGCCAAAACGUCAAAGAAGCUGCAAGUUGCAGAUCAGGAACAUCCCGCCUGACAUGCGGUGGGAGGUUUUAGAUGGCGUGCUGGCCCAGUACGGUGCUGUAGAAUGCUGUGAACAAGUCAACACUGACACAGAGACUGCAGUUGUCAAUGUUCGAUAUGCCGCCAAGGACCAAGCCAGGCAGGCUAUCGAGAAGCUCAACGGCUCCAUGAUGGAGAACUGCGCUUUGAAGGUGUCUUACAUCCCAGACGAGAACGCUGCCCCGGAAGGUCCUCCGGCAGGAGGUCGCCGUGGCUUCAACGCCCGCGGACCGCCGCGGUCCGGCUCGCCGAGCCUCGGCGCCCGACCCAAAGUUCAGUCUGACAUCCCCUUGCGCAUGCUCGUCCCCACGCAGUUCGUCGGGGCCAUCAUCGGCAAGGAAGGCGCCACCAUCCGGAAUGUCACGAAACAGACCCACUCAAAGAUAGACAUUCAUCGGAAAGAGAACGCAGGUGCUGCAGAGAAGCCCAUCACCAUUCACUCCACAGCUGAAGGUUGUUCGAACGCCUGCAGAACUCUAAUGGAGAUCAUGCAGAAGGAAGCACUUGACACAAAAUUUACUGAGGAGAUCCCACUGAAAGUUCUAGUACAUAACACCUUUGUAGGAAGAUUAAUUGGUAAGGAAGGACGAAACCUGAAGAAAAUCGAACAGGAUACGGGGACCAAAAUCACAAUCUCGCCUCUACAGGACUUGACCAUAUAUAACCCAGAGCGCACCAUCACAGUGAAGGGCUCCAUCGAGGCCUGCUCGAGAGCAGAAGAGGAAGUGAUGAAGAAGAUCAGAGAGUCGUACGAGAGUGACAUGGCUGCCAUGAAUCUCCAGUCCAACCUGAUUCCAGGCUUGAACUUGAACGCUCUAGGUUUGUUUCCCAGUGGCACACCUGGCAUGGGUCCAUCCAUGUCCCACGUACCACCUCCGGGAGCUGGCUGCUCUGGAUUCGGAGGACAUCCGGAGUCUGAAACGGUCCACCUGUUCAUCCCCGCGCUUGCCGUGGGAGCCAUCAUCGGAAAACAGGGUCAACACAUCAAGCAGCUGUCACAUUUUGCCGGAGCUUCAAUCAAAAUUGCUCCCGCAGAAGGAAUGGAUCCCAAACAGAGGAUGGUCAUAAUUGUCGGACCACCAGAGGCUCAGUUUAAGGCGCAAUGUCGCAUCUUUGGCAAGCUGAAAGAGGAGAACUUCUUUGGACCUAAGGAGGAGGUAAAGCUGGAGGCUCACAUCAAGGUCCCCUCAUUCGCCGCUGGACGGGUCAUCGGAAAGGGUGGAAAGACGGUAAACGAGUUACAGAACCUGACAUGCGCUGAAGUGGUGGUGCCCCGGGACCAAACUCCUGAUGAGAAUGAGCAGGUCAUCGUCAAGAUCAGUGGACACUUUUUUGCAUGCCAGCUGGCCCAAAGGAAGAUUCAGGAGAUCCUGGCUCAGGUGCGAAGACAGCAACAGCCCAAGCCUGCGCCGGGAUCACAGCCCCCCCUGCCCCGCAGGAAGUAGAUUCCGGCGUGCCCCGGAGGAAACGGUGACUGAAGCUGCCCGACUCACGACGACGGUUGGCCGGACGGAUGCGGCGGAGUCCAGGGGUCGGACGACGAGGUGUUACGAACGCUCAUCUCAGGGGUUCCGGGUUCUUCGAAGCCUACCAAAACAUCCAAACCCCUCCGUGUCUCACCUGAACGUUCAAGUGGGGCAAAGAGCCCCCCCAACAAACGCCCCCUUUUUACUACUACUCCUCCUCUUCCCACUCCUCUUCUCUCAACCUCCACCAACCUCACCUCUGCAUCAGUGUAGGAAUGUAUCGGAGGGCUCCCAUCGACGUCACCUUGCCCUCACGCGUACGCACCCCUCGACCGCUCUCCUCCUCCUCACCCCAAGGGCGUGUCUUUUUUUUUUUUUUUUUUUUUUCCCUCUCUCCCCCCCUUCCCCCAUUUUUAUUGUUAAAUAACUUUUGCAACACAAAGAAGAAACGAGGAUCCCCCUCCUAUCGCCGCUUCGGUGUGAUCCUUCAAACCCGACAAAGAUGUUUUGGUUGACUUCAGAUUUGGUUGAUACUUUUCAGUGUUUAAUUGGUUGAUGAAGCUUUCUCCUGAGUUUUUCUGUAGAAAGGAAAAAAAAAGGCAUUGCUCUCACGGUCCUGGUGGGACCGCCAGAGAUUUAUUUGGGGGGAGAGUUGGCUCCAAUUGGUAGGGCCACGUUUAAGGGGAAAGAUUGUUUGAGGCCAGGACCCACGACGGGGUGGAUUAUUAACUGGGUGUCCUGCCCGUUUAAUGAAAGUGGCAUUUUAUAAAUUCGGAUGCAUUUUAUAGAUAGUCCUAAAUAAAUAGAUGAAUUCUAUAUAUAUAAAUAUAUACAUACAGACAUAAACACACACCACACAUAUGUAUAUCUAUAUAUAUAUUUAGAGGUGAGGGCAGCGCCGUGACCGACACUUUGGGGAAAUGGUGCUGAAAUGCUGCUGCCCGGGAAAACCAAUUUAAUAUGCAUUUUACUUAACUACCUCAGGAUCUAGUACCUCAGAAGAGAGAGAGAAAAAAUGAUUAUAACUAUAUAAGAAAAAAAAUGUUCCUUUUUUUUUUUUAUUUUGCUUUUGUGGUAUUUUGUAUACUUUAUAAAGCUGAUAGUCUUUGAACAUUUUUAUUUUUUUAAGAAAAUUUAAAAUUUCGGUCGGCUGCCAACUGACCCUUGCCUUCAACUCUAGUGCUUUAUGGUGGCAUUGUACAUGUGUGUGAGUGACUAAAGAUGACCCUGUACAUAAACGUCUAUUUGUACAUAACAGCCCCAGAGCCAGAGUUGGCACGCCUCAGCUGGCGGCUGACGACACGAGUAUCCAGAGAGAAAUCGCCUCAGUUUUUCCCCGGAAGGUCCAACCAUCUCUUUUGAAGAAAAUGACAAAACACCUAACGCGAAUCAAUGCCAACUGUACAUGAUUUUUACAGCAAUGCCAUUUAGUUUUGGGAUUGACUUGAUCGGGAAUGGUACUUUAAUUUGUCCAUCCAAUAUGAUUCCUUUCUGUGGUCCGGGUUUGUUAGAGCAAGGGUGGACUCUAACGCUUCUAAUGCCCCCCCUAAACCCCCGCAAAAUCCAACCCACCCACCCGCCUCCAUCUUUUACAUCCAGGCCCCGAACCGACCAUCAUAGCGAGCUCGCGUCUCCGUUUAUCGUCAAUCGCUGCAUGGUGAGGGUAGGGGGAGUCGCACUGAUGGAUGCGUUUUUCUUUCUUUAGUUGCUAUAGCGAAAUCAUAAUUUGAUCUGUGACCCACGAGUGUAACCUUGUUAUUUUAGUGACACCGACUGACUUUGGAGGGAUAAGGAAAGCGUAAAGAAAUACAAAAAAAUACCUGACUAGAAAAAUUGAUUUCAUUUUUUUGGUCUUCAUGCCGAAUGUAAAUAUGUUGAUUGUGGUAGAAGUUGAGUGUAUCCAUGCUUCCACAGUAGAACGCCGUCUACCUCAGCUAAAGGGGGCGCGGCGGGGGGGCGGUCGGCGUGCCGCUGCUGUUGCCCCUCCCCGCCCCCACUGAGCGCCAGCGCGCACUAUACCUCAGCCCACCCACCCCUUCCAGAACACACGAGCGCGCCAUGCUAGCAUCACGCUUUACUGAGUGGCACAAGUGAUACUUAAAUGACCCCCUCCACCCACGCCCCCUCUUUUCUCGGCAGUUUAUUUUGAUCUACCUCUUUAGACAAGUAUUUGAAGUAGAGGCAUUCUAUUUGUUAGAAUUUAACCCCUCUCCUCUUGCUCUCUUCCCCACAUAUGAAUGAAAACGUCAAAUAAAAAUCAUGUACUCUUUAGAAUUGAGAAAAUUUAUCAAAAGUGAUCAAAAAAAAUAUUUUCAGUAUUUAUAUGUACUCUUUUUGGCUUAAUUGAACUCCUCCGACCAUCACCAUGUCUUUCUGCUUUUUUUGGUGGUGUGGCUUCCUUGUAUUUGAACUUUAUGCUUGUUUUUUUUUUUUUGUGGAAAGAAAAGGUCAAAUCACCUGUUUUGAUUUAGCUUUCAAUAGUUGGUUGAUAUAAAAUACUACAGUUUUUUUUUUUUUUUUUUUUCUUUUAAGGGCCUGCCUUUUUCCCUCGAAUUUGUAAGACUGCAAAAAUAGAUACAAGUCCUGUCUUGUUUCCCUUUUGUCUUUCACAAAUGCUACUCAAUUGCUGAUUUGUUUUUUCUUGGUAGCUAUUUACUUCUGUUAGCAUUUCUUGGCUGUGUAACAUUCUCUAAUGGGACUGAUAUCAGGGAUCGGGGUUUCCCCCCUCCUUUUAUUUGGGAAAGUGAUCUAACUACAGCAUGAAAUUCCCUUCUCCCCCAUCUGCAAACAUGCUUGUGCCCCUUCACCUCCCCCUCACACAGUUCCACUUGUCAAAUGCCUCUGAAUA